UCGCCUUCUACAGCUCAACAGAAAAGCUUCCAGUCCACUCAGAUUUUUCCAACCCACAUUUCUACUUCCAGCAAGAUGGUCAAGCUUUGCCUGAUGUUCUCCGCCUUGUUGGCUUUGGCUUCCGCUUACCCAGCGCCCAACCCUAACGUCGUUGGUUACACUUCCCGCACUGUCUACACUACAGGAAUGGAUCCAUCACAAAUGCCUGCUGGAGCAACUUACUAUGUAGAUUAUCCAGUGGCCAUAGACCCCAGAUACUACCAAUAUUACCAACCCCAGCCGCAAAUGCCAGUGCACGACCGUCAGCGCCGCCAAAUUGGAUUCGGUGGUUUGGGAGGAGGAAUGGGAGGAGGAAUGGCCGGCGCUCAAGCCCAAGCACAAUCACAGUCGAUGGGAUCCGGUGUGGGACUUGGCAUGGGUGGCAUGGGUGGCAUGGGUGGCUUGGGAAUGGGAUUCAACCCUUACAUGAUGGGCAUACCAUUCUUCGGUUAAUUCUUAAAUUAAUUCACUUUGUAAAAAAUCUAAAGCCAAAAACUGACUGCACUGUAAUAUUUAAUAUUUAGCUUAUAAGCAUAUUUGUAAUAAUUAUGUGUGUUCUCUAUGUAAAAUAAAUGAAAAAUUAUUCAUUCUAG